AUGGCGUCAACAUCAGCGCCCAGCCCAUCUCGAGUACGAUCGGAGGUCGAAGCGUCAGGGACUGAGAACCAAGCACCAACGCUCGAGGUUGACCCAAGGCUUGCCGCCGCCGACGAUGGCGACGAUGGCGACGAUGGCGACGAUGGCGACUCCGCUAUUGACUCCGCCAGCAUCGCAUCAUCCACCACGUCCUUGUCCGAGAGCGUCUUCGACUAUCGCAGGCUGCACGGCCGGACUUACCAAACAAGUAAAACGACCGAGUACUGGGCCCCAAACGACGACCAGCAGAAUGAGGGGCUCGACAUAAUUCACAACGCGCUCCUCAUGAUGUUCGACGACACAUUGUUUCUGGCGCCAAUUGGGGACAACCCGCAGCGCGUCCUCGACGUCGGGACGGGCACCGGUAUCUGGGCGAUCGACUUCGCCGACCAAUACCCCAACGCAGAGGUCACGGGCACCGAUAUCAGUCCCAUCCAGCCGGGGUGGGUGCCAGCCAACCUUCGCUUCGUCAUCGACGAUUGCCUUCUCGACUGGAUGUGGCCUGAAAACCACUUCGACUUUGUCCAUCUACGACAGUUGUACGGGAGCAUUCCGAAUUGGGUGGACCUGUACAAGAACGCGUAUCAUCACCUCAAACCAGGUGGUUGGGUCCAGAAUCUCGAGAUCAACGCCGGGGUAGACUCCGACCAUGUUGAAUACCCCCCGGAUCACGUCUUCCAUGAGUGGAACCGAAUCUUCGAUCAAGGGGGGAAGAAGACGGGGCGGUCUUUCACCGUGGCACAGGGACAUACUAUGAAGGACAACAUGGAAGAGGCGGGGUUCGUGGACGUCGUGGAGAAGAAGUUCAAGCUGCCUAUUCACGGCUGGCCGAAAGAUCCGAGGCUGCAGCAAGCCGGGUUGCUGAUCCAGCUGGCGCUCGAGGAGAGUAUCGAAGGCUUCGGGACUUUUUUGUUAACACAGGUGCUUGGGUGGUCGCAGCCGGAAGUGAUGGUUCUCACGGCACAAAUGCGGAAAGAGAUUAGGAGGAAGGUGAACUAUGGGUACUGUGAAACGUAA